GGAAAAACUAUCUUCAUCUUGUGCUAUCUGUCUCUCUUCCCAGUGUUUUAAUGGAUUUUUGAAUGGAAUCGCAGAACGGUUGAUGAACACAAAAGCGUACGAGCACAUAAGAACUCAGGGAAGUAAUUUGCUUGUAAAUAAAUGCAAACCUUGAGAGAGCCACCGAAGUUCAAUUCUUUGUUUAGAUCUUCCGAGGUCUACAAUUCGCCCACUUCAAAUCGAUCUCUUCUUCGCCGGCUUCCGGUAGCGUGACUCCAGUUUCCGGCUACCAGACCGUCGCCUGAGCCUCGUUUCUAUUCAUUUCCGUCACGCAGUUGGUAUGGAGUAAAGGCAAACCUUGCAAAGCUCAUCUCUGAUUAUAGUCUACAGUUUGAAGUUAAAAGGAUGUAUAAGAACCAACUUCAAGAGUUAGCUCAGAGAAGCUGUUUCAACUUGCCAUCCUACUCAUGUAUACGAGAAGGACCCGAUCAUGCACCUCGCUUCAAAGCCAAAGUAAGUUUCAACGGUGAAGCCUUUGAGAGCCCAAACUUCUUCUCAACAUUGAGACAGGCAGAACAUGCUUCGGCUGAGGUUGCACUUAAAACCCUCUCACAGAGAGGCCCUUCAAGAGCAUUAGCUGCAAGAGUUUUGGAUGAGACUGGAGUUUACAAAAAUUUGCUUCAAGAAACUGCUCAUCGGGCUGGGUUGAAUCUUCCAGUUUAUACCACUGUUAGAUCUGGGGUAGGAGGUGUUCCGCUCUUUUCUUGCACAGUUGAACUUGCUGGAAUGAGUUUCAAGGGAGAGCCUGCAAAAACCAAGAAGCAAGCUCAAAAAAGUGCGGCAAUGGGUGCUUGGUUUUCCUUGAAGAACUUAUCUAUGCAAGAUUCUUCUGGCUCCCCUUCUUCAGAAAGUGGAGGAAAGGAAGAGCAGGAGCAAAUGUCAGUUGCCCGCUACCUUUCCAAAUUUAAAUUACCAGAAAGAAGGAAACCACCCCUAAAGCCUCCUGUUAAGAAUGAUGUCAUUCCAUAUCACGUCAACAGACGACGACCGGGCCAUCAAAACUACACAUAUUUUCCUCUUUCCCCAGAAAUGGCUUCUUAUCAAAACUGGCAUCAUGGAGUGACACUGCCAAGAAGCUACCUCCUGACUUCUCCUCCACCUCCGCUCUCCAUCUCUGGGCCUCAAUUUUUCCCUUUUGUACAGUCCAUAUUCGGCCCAUAUACCUUCCCAAACGACCCAUUGGUGCAAAGGGGUCCAUUUUUGUAUAUGGCUGGUGGUGAUGUGGUCCCCGCUGGUACUAGUCGGGCCAGGAUAGAAGAGAUAGAAGAACACAAUAACCAACCUGAAGAGAAGUGGCUUAACAAGAAUGUGAAUUCUCACGUGAAAACUAGUAACCGUGAGGAUCUUGUGAGUUGGGUCAAUCCGGGCUUUCUAAGAAAUGACACUGGGCCAGUAACGGUGGGCCAGCCCACCAUAGGCCGCCGGAAUGCCGACUACUCGAGGUUCUUGCCGCCUCCGUGCUCUACCAGACGUCCUCCUCUUUUUCCACCACCCGAAACUUCUCAAAUCAACAUAAAUGCUGCGACAUCCAGAGUUCCAAGACCAUGGCUAGAGAGGAGCAGAGUGCCCUGUGCUAGGACAAUGGCUCCCGCUGUCCAAAUCCGAUCAGUUGUCCCAGUUUGCUCAGCACCGGGUCACAGGGUCCCACCCCACAGCCAGGUGGCAUCAUCUUCAUCUUCCAAAGGCAGAGAGGCGAGACGGGCAGAAGGAACGUUUGACGGCAUUUCAGUGAUGAGUUCGGAUUUCUCUCGGCUUCAGCUGUGAGGUGAGUAAGUUUGAUAGUGUUUUUGUAUGGAGAAUAAGAGCUGUGCUGGUUAUUUCAUUUACUGGUAGGCCAUCUAGAAUAUUACUGCAUAUUAUGAUAUAAAUGCAAAUGGAAAAAUAUUUCUAUAUAUAUAAACAGGUUUGUGUAUAUUCUCUCUGAUCUGCUAAGAAUUUUGGCAUGGCAAGUGAAAAUGGAAGUUUUGAUAAUGGAAGUAUUACUCUCUAUGUCUCUUAUUUGACUCUCUUUUUUAUUUUAAAUUUCUCUUUUAGAAGGAAAUAUUAUGUGUUUGAGAUCUAUUUAUCUUGGGUGUUGAACGGGUAUGAUGCCGAUAAACUUUAACUGGGUUU